UAUCAGUUCCGCCAUUGAUGGAGUCCCUGAAGAAAAUUACACACAGCUUGACACGUUUUGUUCUUAGUAUGUACUCGAUGUCUGUAUUUCCACAAUUUAAUUUGGUGUCGUGUUAAUACAGACUGUUGUCUACAUCUACAUUAUUGGAUUUGCAUAUACUGUACACAGAAGUUGUCAAACCUCCUGCAUCGUUAGCAGCUCGGUGUAGUUACCGCUAUUAUGACAGUGCCAGUCACGUACACCUAGCCAGCAGCGAGCGUGCCGUGCACGGGUGCGUCGCCCGUGCGCUUCACUUCAUGGAUCCAAGAAUCGCUUGGUUCCAGCCAGAACAGCUCGGCACUGCCAACAGCGCGUGGUUGAAGAUUUGGAUAACGACUCAUGGUCUGGGCAAUUUCAGUUUGAAUAAUCAUAACAACCACGGCUCUGCUGUCUCGAACACGCCCACCACCAAGACGAGUCCUAGUACAACGGUAUCGGUGAACGGGGGCACGGGAAACGUGAUUCAGGACGGAGUCCCCGACGGUGGCACGAGCAGCAGUGAGGCGAGAAUGCAAGGGACGAUUAAUCCAAAAGGCGAUAAUGAAAUAGAACAGCUAUCCGACUUAUUGGAAGCAAAUAUCAACCAGUAUCCUGCGGGGAGGGGCAGUAGUGGUGCCGGGGUUGUGGGUGGAACUGCAUUCGGUAGCUGGAGAGGGAGAGAAUACGGAUUUGGGAACAGACGGAGGAGAGACAACCGAGCGAGCACUUUCGGUUUUAACCGCAGUUUAUUGAGUAUUAGCAGCAACUCUGCUGUGGACGACGCUGGAUGCCGUAGAGUUGGUUACACGGACACGCCUUGGAAAACCAGGAACUACCCUGCAGGGAUUUUGGGGUAAGGAAGGAUGCCUGGGGCAGCAGAACUGCUCUAACUUGUCAUGUUUGAACUGUCUGGCUGACUAUGUAUUACAGAGCACAGGGAGGGACUUUUGUGGGUUGGCAAGAAUUUAUACCUGAUAAAUUGAUCUACAUGAGAUGAUUUCUCACACAGAAGGAUCCCACAUUGUCUGUUUUUCUAAUCUGAGUGAACAUCUCAAACCACAGAUUAUCCAUUAUAUUGACCAGAUACUCUAGUGGCCGCGCUAACGAUGAAAAUAAAUGUCGUCAAAAAUGGAGGGCGGUCCCGAGGAGGCAAGAUCAGAUGGGACCAUUCUAGCCAAUGUGGCUAUAUCAUACAAAUUCAUGUAAACACAAAUUGGCCUUUUGGUCAUAAUUUAAGGUUAGGCAUAAGGUUAGCGUUGUGGUUGUGUUUAAAAGCACUUUUUUAAGAAGAUAGAUUGUAGAAAUAGGCGGGGUUUAUUACUUUGUGGCUGUGGUAACUAGUGACGACCCCUUCCUCUCUGCUCAAACUAAAUCAAUCAGUCAAUCAAUAACAUUUAUUUAUAAAGCCCUUUUUACAUCAGCAUAUGUCACAACGUGCUCAUACAGAAACCCAGCCUAAAACCCCAAAGAGCAAGCAGAUGUACAAUCACAGUGGCUAGGAAAAACUCCCUAGAAAGGCAGGAACCUAGGAAGAAACCUAGAGAGAAACCAGGCUCUGAGGAGUGGCCAGUCCUCUUCUGGCUGUGCCGGUGGAGUUUAUAAGAGUACAUGGCCAUUAAGGCUAGAUCGUUCUACAUAGAUGACAAGCAGGGUCAAAUAAUAAUCACAGUAGUUAUAGAGGGUGCAACAGGUCAGCACCUCAGGAGUAAAUGUCAGUUGGCUUUUCAUAGCAGAGCAUUCAGAGGUCGAGACAGCAGGUGCGGGAGAGAGAGGGUCAAAACAGCACGUCUAGGAUAAGGUAGCAGGUCCGAUGAACAGGUGAGGGUUCCAGUCGUUAGGCAUGGUCCUAGGGCUCAGGUCCUCCGGGGGGGGAGAGGAGAUGGGAGUAUUAGAGGGCGCAUACUUAAGAUCACACAGGACACCAGAUAAGAUAGGAGAAAUACACCAGAUAGGACAGACUGACCCCAGCCCCCCGGCACAUAGACUAUUGCAGCAUAGAUACUGGGGACUGAGACAGGGGGGUUUAGGGGACACUGUGGCCCUGGACAGGCCCAACCAGGCAGGAUAUAACCCCACCCACUUUGCCAAAACACAGCCCCCACACCACCGGAGGGAUAUUAACAGACCACCAACUUACUACCCUGAGUAUAGCCCACGAAGAUCUCCUCCACCACAUGAGCCCGAGGGGGGCGCAAGACCGGACAGGAAGAUAAAUUCAGUGACUCAACCUACUCAAGUCGAGUAUAGUGAAAAAAGCCUGGCAAGACGUGAUGCACCACUCCUAGGGACGGCAUGGGAGUGCACUAGCAAGCCAGUGACUCAGCCCCGGUAAUAGUCAGAGGCAGAGAAUCCCAGUGGAGAGAGGGGAGCCGGCCAGGCAGAGACAGCAAACUAAAUUCUUCCUCUGCUCUGUCUUUCGAGAAGAAACUAACGCGUGGCGUAGUGUUUGGCCGGAGCAAGGAGGAGUGUAGGUAGCCAGGCAAUGUAUUUUCUAGCUCAUCAUUGAUAAAGAUUACUUUCCCUGAACUUCAUAUGUUCUAUUCAGCAGCAGUUGGUUAGAAUAUGAGAAGUCUUAUCAAAAGGCUAGUGCAUAGACACAUUUGGGCUCAUGUGAGUUGAAAGAGUAGUGGUCCAUGUCGGAGCAGACCUGUGUUAUCCUCUCAUUAGCUUCCUUCUACAGAGCCUGACCAGGUAGAUCUGAACUGGUGCCACACAAAGCUAGCCCAGUUCUGCUACAUUCCAAUGCCUCAUCUGGUCCACACACUCCUUCUUACUUGACAUACUGACAAGAUUAUGGUACUCGUCUUAGUCAAUGUAAGGCAUGCAUUCCUACAUUUUCAAUGUAAGAUUUUAUAAUAGUGUGGGCUCCAUGAAUUGCAGAUAUUUCAUAGCUAUCCUAUAUAGUUUCAGAAUCAGAAAUGGGGCCUACACCCAAAACUAUUACAUUUUACAAUGGCCGGGGCCUAUACUAUGAGCUUUUCCGUUAAACCCACUACUGCUCUGAGACCUGUACAUGCAGAAACCAAACCAAACUUUUAAUUUGAACCUUAUCUCCUCCUGUGCUGUAUUUAAAUCCUAGUGUGAUGCAGCAGAUUGCCUUAUCCCGUGCACCAUUCAGGAGAGGGUUAUUCUAAAGCACUUUAUUACCCUCCGGAUGACAUAUUGAAAAGCAGCUGGCUGGCACGUCAUGUCCUCCUGGGAAUACACACUGCUGCUCUUUAGUAUAGUUGCAUACUUGCCCACUAGUGUAUUUAUAGUAACUCCCUGCUCUGUAAUCACAGGCUACAUAGCACACUGACAGACUGAAGGCCACUUCUAGUCUAUAUACUGUAGUGCUAUAGGAUUAGUUGGCUAAAACAAAAACAUAUUACAUGUAAUAGGUAUUUAGACUACUUGUUUGUCAAUAAACUCUAGACUUGAUAUAAAGAAAUGAAAUGAAUUAAUCAUGUGAAAAGUUGUAGGAUGUUUCAAGUGUCAUAAAUCUACCGGGGAACCCCUGACUGCAUUACUAUUGAGGUAUUUCAAACGUGUUCUAGAACACAACGUUCUAACCACGGUGUGUGUCUCUGACUCUGCAGGCUCCAUGAGGAGAUCCAGGACUUCUAUGCCUACAUGUCUCCGCGGCCGGAGGAGGAGAGGAUGAGGAGGGAGGUGGUGGAGAGGAUCGAGAGGGUCAUUAAGGACCUUUGGCCCACUGCUGACGUAAGUCAAUCACCUUCACUGUAGUCAGAGAUGUAAAGCCAUUGACCAUUGACUUCCUUGUCCAGUUAUUUAUUGAAUUUGAAAUGGUGUAGUAAUUCUUAUUAGCAUGCAUACCGAUAUGAUAAUGUUAUAGCUUAUGGUUGCUGUCAUGGGAGUUUUAUAUGCAAUUUCACAAUCUCAUUACUCAUGGUGUGAACUUGCUUUGCAGGUUCAGGUAUUUGGAAGUUUCAGCACUGGUCUCUAUCUACCCACCAGGUAAGCUGUCGUUGAAUUUCAAGUCCUUUCUUUACUGAAAAGGUAUUAAUAACCUUUAUAUUCCUCCUUGGCGUAAGUUGGUGAUAAUAAUGCGAUUCUGUGUGUUGGUGUUGCAGUGACAUUGACCUGGUGGUGUUUGUGAAGUUCAGGGAAGGAGACACCCUCCCUCUAUGGAGGUUAGAAGAGGCACUGAGGAAACACAAAGUGGUGGUGGAGAAUUCUGUAAAAGUGCUGGACAAGGCCACGGUAUGGGUAGUGUGUGUCUGUCUGUGGUGGGAAGCCUUGUUAAGUGUGUGUUGAACUUGGUCAUAAUUCUGGACAGGGAAUUAUUGGUGUGUCCGUAUGCCGGUCAAAUCUGAUCUCAUCUGGUCUUUAGGUGCCAAUCAUCAAACUGACAGACUCUCUCACGGAGGUCAAAGUUGACAUCAGUUUCAACAUGAAGAAUGCUGUCAAAGCUGCUGCCCUCAUCAAAGAUUAUAAAAAGGUACUGUGUGUGUGUGUGUCAAAUCAAAAUGUAUUUGUCACAUGCUUCAUAAAGAAAAGGUUUAGACUAUUAGUGAAAUACUUACUUACGGGCCUUUCCCAACAAUGCAGAGAGAGAGAAUUGAGAAAUAAUAGAAAAGUAAUAAUACGUACUAAUAAAUACACAAUGAGUAAAGGUAACUUGGUUAUAUACACUGGGUAUCAGUACUGAGUUGUGCAGGGAUACAAGCUAAUUGAGGUAGAUAUGUACAUAUAAUUAGGAAUAAAGUGACUAGGCAACGGGAUAGAUAAUAAACAGUAACAGCAGAGUGUGUGAUGAGUCAAAGUUAGUGCAAAAAGGGUCAAUGCAGAUAGUUAACCAAAUAGCUACCCGGACUAACUACACUGAACAAAAAUAUAAACGCAACAUGUAAGUGUUGGUUCCAUGUUUCAUGAGCUGAAAUAAAAGAUCCCAGAAAUUUUCCAUACGCACAAAAAACUAUUUUCUCUCAACUUUUGUGCACACAUUUGUUUACAUUCCUGUUAGUGAGCAUUUCUCCUUUGCCAAGAUAAUCCAUCCACUUGACAGGUGUGGCAUAUCAAGAAGCUGAUUAAACAGCAUGAUCAUUACACAGGUCCACCUUGUGCUGGAGACAAUAAAAGGCCACUCUAAAAUGUGCAGUUUUGUCACACAACACAAUGCCACAGAUGUCUCAAGUUUUGAGGGAGCGUGCAAUUGGCAUGCUGACUGCAGGAAUGUCCAUCAGAGCUGUUGCCAGAAUUUCAUGUUAAUUUCUCUACCAUAAACCGCCUCCAACGUUGUUUUAGAGAAUUUGGAAGUACAUCCAAUCGUCCUCACAACCGCAGACCUCGUAUAUGGUGUCGUGUGGGCGAGCGGUUUGCUGAUGUCAACGUUGUGAAUAGAGUGUCCAAUGGUGGCGGUGGGGUUAUGGUAUGGGCAGGCAUAAGCUACGGACAACGAACACAAUUGCAUUUUAUCGAUGGCAAUUUGAAUGCACAGAAAUACCAUGACGAAUCCUGAGACCCAUUGUGAGGCCAUUCUUUUUUGUAAGGUGUCUGUGACCAACAGAUGCAUAUCUCUAUUCCCAUUCAUGUGAAAUCCAUAGAUUAGGGCCUCAUUUAUUUAUUUCAAUUGACUGAUUUCCUCAUGAACUGUAACUCAGUAAAAUCUUUGAAAAUGUUGCAUUUUAUGUUUUUGUUCAGUAUAUUUAGCAGUCUUAUGGCUUGGGGGUAGAAUCUGUUCAGGGUCCUGUUGGUUCCAGACUUGCCGUGCGGUAGCAGAAAGAACAGUCUAUGACUUGGGUGGCUGGAGUCCUUGACAGUGAUGUACUGGGUCAUACCAAGGUUUCCGUUAGGAAAAGGUGGUGCUGGACAUUUUACUGGCAACAUUUUAAUUUCCCGGACAUUUGAGAAAUGUACCGGAUCCAUAUGCAUUAGGUGCGUAACCUGAUUAGGGCGUCCACCCACGGUGCUCAGAAUGACAGAAAUCACAUUUAGAUUAUGGUAAUUCAUAUUAAUAGAACAUGCAAGUCGAGGAUGCAACGAUGUGUGGUCCUUCUUACCGAAUUCUGAUGUGCACUUUGAACAUGUUAGAAUAACUGUCCACAUGUACUUUUCCUCAGCCAACAAGACGAGUAACGAACAUAAAAAUCACUAGCCUAUGUCAAUCUACUAUAGUAGAAAAGUUUAGGCUACCUAUUCAAUUGGUCAGCUUGUCGAGAAAAAAAUGGCCUAUUCCAGACAGACUCUGGGACAGUUGUGGGACGAUAGAUCCUAAAUUCAUACAACCAGUAGGCCUAGGCUACAUUAAAUAAAACAAGUUAAAAAGCAAUGAGUCUGAUGCAACAGAUCAGAAUGUUUAGUUUAAAAUGUUGAUAAACUAUUAUUUCUUCACAUUAUAAGCACAGCAAUGUGCACAAGGCAGUAGACUGUGUGAAUGUUCAUUCCAUAAUGUAAUGAGCGGGAAAACACUGUUGUCAAAAGGGCACUGCGCAGGCUUCCCGAGUGGCGCAGCCGUCUAAGGCGUCACUACAGACCAGGGUUCAAUCCAUGAAUCCAUGAGGCGGCACACAAUUGGCCCAGCGUCGUCCGGGAUAGGGGAGGGUUUGGCCGGCUGGGAUGUCCUUGUCCCAUCGCGCUCUAGAGACUCCUUGUGGCGGGCCGGGCGCAUGCACGCUGACUUUGGUCGCCAGCUGUAGUCAAGAUGCUCUCAAUGGUGAAUCUGUAGAACCUUUUUGAGGAUCUGAGGGCUCGUGCCAAAUCUUUUCAGCCUCCUGAGGGGGAUGAGGCAUUGUCGUGCCCUCUUCACGGCUGUGUUGAUGUGUGGACCAUGAUAGAUCCUUAGUGAUGUGGACACAGAGGAACUGAAAGCUCUCGACCUGCUCCACUACAGCCCCGUCAAUGUGAAUGGGGGUGUGCUCGGCCCUCCGUUUCCUGUAGUCCAUGAUCUGCUCCUUUUGUCUUGCUGAUGUUGAGGGAGAGUUUGUUGUCCUGGCACCACACUGCCAGGUCUCUGACCACCUCCCUAUAGGCUGUCUCAUCAUCGUCGGUGAUCAGUCCUACCACUUUCAUGUCGUCAGCAAACAUAAUGAUGGUGUUGGAGUGGUGCGCGGCCACGCAGUCAUGGGUGAACAGGGAGUACAUGAGGGGACUAGGCAUACACCCCUGAGGGGCACCGUGGCGGAUGUGUUGCCUACUCUCACCACCUGGGGGGCGGCCCGUCAGGAAUUCCAGGAUCCAGUUGCAGAGGGAGGUGUUCAGUCCCAGGGUCCUAAGCUUAGUGAUGACCUUGGAGUGCACUAUGGUGUUCAACGCUGAGCUGUAGUCAAUGAACAGCAUUUUCACAUAGAUGUUCCUCUUGUCCAGGUGGGAGAGGGCAGUGUGGAGUGCAAUCAAGAUUACGUCAUCUGGGGAUCUGUUGGGGCGGUAUGCAAAUUGGAGUGGGUCCAGGGUGUCUGGGAUGAUGGUGUUGAUGUGAGCCAUGACCAGCCUUUCAAAGCCUUUCAUGGCUACAGAUGUGAGUGUUACGAGGAGACAGGUUAGCUUGGUGUUCUUGGCCACAGGGACUAUGGUGGUCUGCUUGAAACAUGGACACUACCGUUCAAAAGUUUGGGGUCACUUAGAAAUGUCUUUGUUUUUGAAAGAAAAGCAAUUUUUUUGUCCAUUAAAAUAACAUAAAAUUGAUCAGAAAUACAGUGUAGACAUUGUUUUUUAUUUAUUUUAGUUUUUUAGUGUGAAUGUUAACCUGUUUAGAGGUCUUACAUCUCCUACGGAGAGUGUGAUCACAGUCGUCCGGAACAGCUGGUGCUCUCAUGCGUGGUUCAGUGUUGCUUGCCUCGAUGUGAGCAUGGAAGGCAUUUAGCUUAUCUGGUAGUGUGUGUGUGUGUGUGUUUCUAAUGAUUGAGCUCAUCUGAAUUUAGGCACAAUCCUCAUGGUGUGAACUAAUGUUGUAAAGUUCUCUCUCCGUCUGUUUCUCCUCAGAAAUAUCCUGUGCUUCCGUACCUGGUGCUAGUCCUGAAGCAGUUCUUAUUACAAAGAGACAUGAAUGAAGUGUUUACAGGAGGCAUCAGUUCCUACUGCCUCUUCCUUGUCGCUGUCAGCUUCUUACAGGUGGGUCAGUGCCUGUCAUCCUUAUAUCAUUAUACUCUCAAUCUAGUAUUCUAAUUAAAUUAUUAUAUAAAUGUGGCCUCCCAAGUGGCACAGCGGUCUAAGGCACUGCAUCGCAGUGCUAGAGGCGUCACUAAAGAUCCAGGUUCGAUCCCAGCUGUAUCUCAGCCGGUCGCGACUGGGUGACCCAUGAGGCGGCACACAAUUGGCCCAGCGUCGUCCGGGUUAGGGGAGGGUUUGGCCGGCUGAGAUGUCCUUAACCCAUCGCGCUCAAACGACUCCUUGUGGCGGCCGGGCGCAUGCACGCUGACUUCGUUCGCCAGCUGUACGGUGUUUCCUCCAACACAUUGGUGCGGCUGGCUUCCGGGUUAAGCGAGCAGUGUGUCAAGAAGCAGUGCGGCUUGGCGGGGUCGUGUUUCGGAGGACGCAUGGCUCUCGACCUUCGCCUCUCCCGAUUCCGUACUGGAGUUGCAGCGACGGGACAAGACUAUAACUACCAAUUGGAUAUCACGAAAUUGGGGAGAAAAUGAUUAUAUGAAGGAUUUUUCCGGCCUUUCCUCAACCAUUGAGAGUGAGGAGAAAUACAUUUUGUACCAUUGAAUAAACUUUAUUGAUCCCCAGAGGGCAAAUGGUAUUUGUCACCAGUAGCAUAAUGUUCUUACUACUACGUGUUCUUAAGAUGGAAAUAAGUAAUAGACAAUAUUGUAUGUGUGUUUCAGCUCCAUAGCAGGGAGAACGCCUGCAGUCCCAACGCCAACACUGGCGUCCUACUCAUAGAGUUCUUUGAGCUGUACGGCCGCCAUUUUAACUACAUGAAGACGGGGAUCCGGAUCAAGGACGGGGGCUGCUACCUCUCCAAAGAUGAGGUCCAGAAGAGCAUGCUGGAUGGAUACAGACCUUCCCUGCUCUACAUCGAGGACCCACUGCAGCCAGGUGAGCCCCGGCACACACCUCUGUAGUUUUAAGACUGCUUAAUGCAUAUGCUAGUUACAGAAUGGUAGCUAGCUACCUAUAUGAUGCAUCUCUGAAAAUUACACAUUCAAUGUAGUGGCUUCUGACUUCUGCAUUAAUAAGACAUCAGAUGCAGUUGUUUUAUUGAGAUGAUGUUUGAGAACUCCUGCAAUAAGCACCUGCCAAGUCUAAGCUUGUAUCUGACCUUGAGAGUUUGGUGUCUUUCCUGUGUUGCCCAGGUAAUGAUGUGGGCCGUAGCUCAUACGGGGCCAUGCAGGUGAAGCAGGUGUUUGACUAUGCCUUCAUGGUGCUGAGCCACGCUGUGUCGCCCAUCGCCAAGUACCACCCCAACAACCACGGCGAGAGGUACGGGGCAGGGCUGGGACACAUGGGGAGGGUUACAGUCACAUAAUUGUGAGUGAUGGGUUCGCUGGAGCUGACUGCCGGGAAUGGAACAUUGAAUAAUACAGUGCAUUCGGAAAGUAUGCAGACCCCUUGACUUUUUCCACAUUUUGUUACGUUACAGCCUUAUUCUAUAAUGGAUUACAUUAUUUUUCCCCCUCAUCAAUCUACACACAGUACCCCAUAAUGACAAAGCGAAAACAGGUUUUUUCAAAAUUUUAGCAAAUUUAUAAAAUAAAAUAAACAGAAAUACCUUAUUUACAUUAGUAUUCAGACCCUUUGCUAUGAGACUUGAAAUUGAUCUCCGGUGCAUCCUGUUUCCAUUGAUCAUCCUUGAGAUGUUUCUACAACUUGAUUGGAGUCCACCUGUGGUAAAUUCAAUUGAUUGGACAUGUUUUGGAAAGGCACACACCUGUCUAUAUAAGAUCCCACAGUUGACCAUGCAUGUCAGAGCAAAAGCCAAGCCGUGAGGUCGAAGGAAUUGUCCGUAGAGCUCCAAAACAGGAUUGUAUCGAGGCACAGAUCUGGGGAAGGGUACAAAAAAAAAUCUGCGGCAUUGACGGUCCCCAAGAACACAGUGGCCUCCAUCAUACUUUAAAUGAAAGAAGUUUGGAACCACCAACACUCUUCCUAGAGCUGGCCGCCCGGCCAAACUGAGCAAUCGGUGGAGAAGAGCCUUGGUCAGGGAGGUGACCAAGAACCCGAUGCUCAAUCUGAAAGAGCUCCAGAGUUCCUCCGUGGAGAUGGGAGAACCUUCCAGAAGGACAACCAUCUCUGCAGCACUCCACCAAUCAGGCUUUUAUGGUAGAGUGGCCAGACAGAAGCCACUCCUCAGUAAAAGGCACAUGACAGCCCGCUUGGGGUUUGCCAAAAGGCACCUAAAGACUCUCAGACCAUGAGAAACAAGAUUCUCUGGUCUGAUGAAACCAAGAUUGAACUCUUCGGCCUUAAUGCCAAGCGUCACGUCUGGAGGAAACCUGGCACCAUCCCUACGGUGAAGCACGGUGGUGGCAGCAUCAUGCUGUGGGGAUGUUUUUCAGCGGCAGGUACUUGGAGACUAGUCAGGAUCGAUGGAAAGAUGAACGGAGCAAAGUACAGAGAGAUCCUUGAUGAAAACCUGCUCAAGAGCGCUCAGGACCUCGGACUGAGGAGAAGGUUUGACCCUAAGCACACAGCUAAGACAACGCAGGAGUGGCUUCGGGACAAGUCUCUGAAUGUCCUUGAGUGGCCCAGCCAGAGCCCGGACUUGAACCCGAUGGAACAUCUCUGGAGAGACCUGAAAAUAGCUAUGCAGCGACGCUCACCAUCCAACCUGACAGAGCUUGAAGAUCUGCAGAGAAGAAUGGGAGAAACUCCCCAAAUACAGGUGUGCCAAGCUUGUAGCGUCAUACCUAAGAAGACUCGAGGCUGUAAUCGCUGCCAAAGGUGCUUCAACAAAGUAAAGGGUCUGAAUACUUAUGUAAAUGUCAUAUUUCAGUGUUUUUUGUUUGCAAAUAUUUCUAAAAACCUGUUUUCACUUUGUCUUUAUGGGUAUUGUGUGUAGAUUGAUGAGAUAAAAAAAAAAAUCUAUUUUAGAACAAGGCUGUAAUGUAACAAAAUGUGGAAAAUGUCAAGGGGUCUGAAUACUUUCCGAAUGCACUGUAUAUUUUCAACAAUAUUAAGUGGGAAAAAAAUAUUGUGUCCACUGUUCUAACCUGUGGUAAUAUAAACUAUUGUGUGUCCUGCAGUAUACUGGGCAGAAUCAUCCGGGUGACCCAGGAAGUUGCUGAAUACAGAGACUGGAUCACCAUGAAGUGGGCUGACCUAUCACUGAACUCCCUGACCUUAAACGGUAAGGAGAGGAGAGACAUUUUAGAGCCCAUUUCCUUAAUUAUUUUUUAAAUUAUUUUUAAAUAGAUUUUCACAGUAAUUAUCCAGUCCAAGUACAGCACUAUAUCAAAACAUUAUAAAAUUGUCGAGCCCCACAUUUUUUACAGUUUCCCCUAUGAUGUCACAGGUACAUUGCUGGUGGAGCUUCAGCAGAUGGAGGAAUGCAUUAACAAUCUCUCUGAGGAAGGGGCGGAAUCCCCCAGCUCCUCCUCUCCUCCCCCCUCUUCGUCAUUCUCUUCGCCACAAUAUUCAUCGGCUAGCUCCAGUGACGCUGUGAGUACCUUGUGAAACAGAGCGUGUUCUCGCCACACACUUUGCUCCUCACAUACCAGCGGCUGUAUAGUGCAUUCGGAAAGUAUUCAGACCCCUUGACUUUUUCCACAUUUUGUUAUGUUACAGCCUUAUUCUAAAAUUAAUUAAAUAAAACAUUUUCCUCAUCAAUCUACACACAAUACCCCAUAAUGACAAAGCGAAAAUAGGUUUUUAGACAUUUUUACGUAAGUGUUAUUUGCAUAAGUAUUCAGACCCUUUGCUAUGAGACUCGAAAUUGAGCUCAAGUGCUUCCUGUUUCCAUUGAUCAUCCUUGAGAUGUUUCUACAACUUGGAGUCCACCUGUGGUAAAUUCAAGUGAUUGGACAUGAUAUGGAAUGGCACACACCUGUCCAUAUAAGGUCCCACAGUUGACAGUGCAUGUCAGAGCAAAAACCUAGCCAUGAGGUCGAAGUAAUUGUCUGUAGAGCUCCGAGACAGGAUUGUGUCGAGGUACAGAUCUGGGUAAGGGUAGCAAAAAAUGUCUGCAGCAUUGAAGGUCCCGAAGAAGAUUCUCUGGUCUGAUGAAAUAAAGAUUGAACUCUUUGGCCUGAAUGCCAAGCGUCAUGUCUGGAGGAAACCUGGCACCAUCCGUACAAUGAAGCAUAGUGGUGGCAGCAUCAUGCUGUGGGGAUGUUUUUCAGCCGCAGGGACUGGGAGACUAGUCAGGAUCGAGGGAAACAUUAACGGAGCAAAGUACAGGGAGGUCCUUGAUGAAAACCUCCUCCAGAGUGCUCAGGACCUCAGACUGGGGCGAAGGUGCACCUUCCAAAAGGACAACAACACUAAGCACACAGCCAAGACAACGCAGGAGUGGCUUCGGGACAAGUUUCUGAAUGUCCUUGAGGGGCCCAGCCAGAGCCCGGACUUGAACCUGAUCGAACAUCUCUGGAGAGACCUGAAAAUAGCUGUGCAGUGACGCUCCCCAUCCAACCUGACAGAGCUUGAGAGGAUCUGCAGAGAAGAAUGGGGGAAACUCCCCAAAUACAGGUGUGCCAAGCUUGUAGCGUCAUACCAAAGAAGACUCGAGGCUGUAAUCGCUGCCAAAGGUGCUUCAACAAAGUACUGAGUAAAGGGUCUGAAUACUUAUGUAAAUGUGAUAUUUCAGUUUUUUAUUUUUAACAAAUUUGCAAAGACAUCUAAAAACCUGUUUUUGCUUUGUCAUUAUGGGGUAUUGUGUGUAGAUUGAUGAGGGGGGAAAAAACAAUUUAAUCAAUUUUAGAAUAAGGCUGUAACGUAACAAAAUGUGGUAAAAUUCAAGGGGUCUGAAUACUUUCCGAAUGCACUGUAUGUAUCAAGCAAUACUACAUUAGAGGCUGCUGCUGCCUAUUGAAAUCACUGGCCACUUUAAGAAAUGGAACACUAGUCACUUUAAUAAUGUUUACAUAUCUUGCACUACUCAUCUCAUAUGUAUAUACUGCAUUCUAUUCUAUAAUAUUCUACUGUAUCUUAGUCCAUGCCGCUCUGUCAUUGCUUGUCCAUAUGUAUAUAUUCUUAAAUUCCAUUCCUUACUAGAUUUGUGUAUAUUGGGUAUAUGUUGUGAAAUUGUUAGAUAUUACUUGUUCGAUAUUACUGCACUGUCAGAGCUAGAAGCACAAGCAUUUCGCUACACCUGCAAUAACAUCUGCUAAACACGUGUAUGUGACAAAUACAAUUUGAUUUGAUUUGAAUACUCUGGCGCGUAUCUCUGAGCCGCUUGAUAACUACAGCCCCAGUGUUGGCCUUUCCUUCGCACCUGUGAUUUAAAAUAGUUCUAAAACAUUUUAUCCAUCAGAAAGGUCCCUUAGGUAAUCUACCCUUUCAUGCGUUAAAACACUGAGAUGCCGGUCGUUAAAUCAUAUUUUGCCCUCGCUUGAUUGGUUGCAAUGAUCCCUCCAGGAUUCGGACGGAAGCCGCUGUAAACCGGUGUCUACGACACGGGGUAGGCAAGGCUCAUCUGCACACAGUGCCGGAUUGACCAAUCACAGGGAUACAAGUUCCUCUUCUGGCAGCCGCGUAAGCCAGUCGAACAAGAGCAAGGUAGGUGACUAUAACAGACAAGCUUUAGUGUUAACUUACCACACAUCCAAUUAUGAUGUCACACUAAAUGCUGUUCCAAGAAAUAAUUCCCAUCAAGGGACAAUAAAGUGAAUCUUAUCCUAUAUGUUUUCCUGGCAACAGGUGGACAGAGCAAGUUUGACGUCUUGUCAGAACAGCCAUGCCAACACACAGCCAAGCACAGGAACAGGACAGUCAUCAGACAGCAACAGCAGGAGCCACCGAGACAGCAAGCAGAGCUGUCCUGGCAGGAGGAGGAAACCCCAGCCAAAGCACCAAUG